CACAUCCUGGUGAAUCAAUGGAGGCAAGAAUGGAAAAUUUUAAAAGACAUCCGAUUAUAAUCAUAAUUGGUAUUUUUGUCAUAGCUUUUGUUUGUUUUUGCCUUUGUUUUCUCCAUUAUAGCUGUAAGAACAAUGAAUUUACCACAACCGAAAUGGACAAGAAAGAAGGUACAGCAACCAAGUCAUCCCUGUCAUCCAAAAUACCUUUCAGUGAAUUUGGACAACCCAGUUCAUUCAGUCCAGAAAAUCAAUGCAUGCUACCUGCUAUUCACAAGUUAUCUGGUCCUUUAAGUCCAGAAAAGUCAUCCAUACCAUCUAGUGCAGAAAGGUCAACCAGGCACUCGAGUCCAAGGAAGUCAUCUGUGGCAUCUAGUGCUGAGCUUUUAGCCAAGUCAUCAAGUCCAAAAAAGGCACAGGGGCCAUCAACACCUUCAAAAUCUCUCAGGUCAUCUCAACUGGAAAAACCAUAUAGGAUGCAUAAUCUAGAAAAGGCAUGUAAGUUAGCACAUACCCACAAGCAAGGCAAGCAAGCCAGAACAUCCUACCCUGCCAAACAGGUCAGGCAGUUCUCACCAGCUUAUCUGCAAUAUCCAGCCAGGUCAGCCAAAGCACCUUGUCCAUAUCACCCACAAAAUCAAAUCUUGCCACUCAAGUCACCUGUGCAGAAAUUGCCCAGAUCAUCCAGACAUGCUAAAGCAAAAAGGUCACUGAGUGCACGCAAGGCAGCCAGGUUAUCUCGAUCUCAAUUAGCCAAGACUUGUCAAUGUUACAAUGAAAGAUGCCUUGUUUGCAAAACCUCUGAGCCUUCAAUCAAUGAUAUUUAUGAAGCAAAGGAAAAACACACUGCUUCAAGUAAAGCAAAGCCUUUUUCCAGAUCAUUUCAAAAAGCUUAUUCCUGGUACAACGUACAUGAUGACAGUGACAGUGAUGUGAUGACAAAUGACAGUAAUGACAGUGACAGGGAGGUAACCAUUAUUUGUGAUGUCAGGUACAAUGAGGCCAUCUUUGAUGAUACCCAAAAUAAUUGAGAGCUCAAGAAAAAAAUCCAUCUAUAGAGAAAAAAAUAUAUCAACUAUUUUAUUUACAUAAUUGUUUAAAAUGCUGAUA